GCCCACAGCCCCAAGGACCCCAGUCAGCCCCAGGCCACUGCAUUGGGACAUUGUCCUCAGACUCCCCUGUGCAGAACUGGUGGCCACACCAGCCUUGCACCCUGAAAGGGCCACAACUGAGGAGGCUGGGGGGGCCACGGCUCCCACAGGGGUGGAGGGUGCUGGAGUCUCUGCUCCUCCUCACAGCGGCUCCAUUCAAAAUCCACAGGCGCCAUGCCACACAGCCUCACGCACCAGCUGUGGAACACCCUUUGCAGAUGUUCAGGGCAAUUCUAUUCUUAGCUUUUUUUUUUUUUUAAGCUCUUUUAUAAAGCUGAAACUUACUGUUUUCUGAUGUGAUAGUGACGUAGGCUCGUGAUAGGGAAUUUGGACACAGGAUGCCUGGGAACCGCUGUUCGCAUGUCGAUAUUCCCUGCCAGCCUUCCUCACACCCACGCAUAUUCGCAGAGUCAGAGCUCAGCGAGGGACUGUGGACCUGCUGGUCACACCUGGGCUCUGGGGUGCUCUGGCUCAGGAAACGCGUAGCCUCUCAGAGGGCCCUGUUGAUGCACAUAACUUGUGUAACUCUGGGCCGGGUCUGUGGCUCUCCCAUUUCUUCAGUGUGGUGAGCAGAGUUCCCAGCGAAGCUGUUGCGUUUAGAUCUUUGUGCCGCUGCCUGACUCCUGGGUUAGGUCACAAGGGCCAGGUGGGAUGGGCACUUCAGGACCCUGGCCCUCAUGUGCGCAUCCUGGGCCACUCAGCCUGGUUAGCUGAAGACCGACACCACUCGCUGUGGGCCUUGGAGAGGAGAGGGGGCCCCAGUGUGGAGUAGGAGACUGUCCUGGUCUGAGGACUGAGUAUCCUGGCACCUUGGCUCUCCCCUGGGCUGGCCUUAGCUCUCAGGUCUGGAUACUCUCGCCUUACUGCUUUUCCGACCCUCCCUGCAUGGCCGGCUGUGGGCCUAGCCUGCUUGUCAUGGUUUAUCUAGAGGCUUCUAUGGCCCCUCUGAUGCUCCCAUAUCAUGGACUGUUAACAUUUAAAAAUAACUUUUGAGACCAACAUGGUUGCCAGUUCUGUAUUUCCUCCACAUUGAUGAAGUCGCCAACUAAGGACAUUUAAAGAAUAUACCUUCAUCCAUGGCCACCAUCAUUUCAUCAGGGAAAAGACUUUCCAGCCCUGCAGCGUAGGAGGGACCCAGUCUCAGGAGGGAGGGUGGUCCUUCCACCUGAAUACAUUCAGCUUCAGAAAAACCUCACCAGGUGGGGCCCAUUUCUCUGAUCCCAUGCAAGGCCGGUGUGGCCAGGUCAUUCUGUCACCUGUGUGCGGACCCCCGCCCGGGCCUCCCUGUCACAGGCCCCCACACUGGAGUCCAGUGGCCACGUUGUGAUCCCGUGGGUGGGGCUCAGUGGCAACUUGGCUCUCGCAAUUCCUGUCUGGGCUCUAUUCCCUUCCACCCUGGGGGCCGUCACGAUCUGGAGAUGGUGUGUGGGCCGGCGCACCCCCUGGUGUGUGGCUGUCAGAAAUGCUCGUUCCUUGAUGCCAAAAAGAAGAACUAGCGCUCAGACAAAGAAUUUUCUCAGCAAGGCAAUUUUACUUUCUGCAGAAGGGGUGCUGCCUGUUAGCAGUCCUGCCACGAGAGCACAGUUGAACAAAGAAAGGCAAGAAUAUUUAUUCCUUAUGCAUUGGAUCCUUUAGACCUGAUUGGCUAACAACUUAAAACUUUCCUGAACAGGUAAAGGUAAUGGAGAACAAAAGGAAAAGAGGAAGCUGCUUGCAAAAGAACUUAGAAAAGUAAUAACAUUUCCAAAUAAGGAGGGCACAUAGGCUGUGAGCUGGGACAUGCUUGAGCAUGUUUAGAACAAAUAUCUUGGUUAAAGUACAAGGACAUAGGAUGUACUUAUUCCCUUAUAUCUAACAGCUACAUAGGAUAGGGCUUAACAAAGAGUUAUUAGUAUAAAAGCAAGGAGGCUUGAAGGAAGUUAGUUUUUUUUUUUUUUUAACUGUUAUUUCUAACACUUACGAUAUAUUCUUUAGUAAGAAGGGAAACUUUGAAGAGGAAAUUUUUUACUUUCCACAGUGGCACAGAGGACUCGCUCCCCUUGGGGCUUUUGGACUUCUUCCCGUGGGCCGCGUUCUCUGAUCUGCCUGGGCACGCAGCCAUGCCUCCCUCUCACCUCCCCAGUGUGGUGAGGCUGUAGGUUGGGUGGCCCUGGUGGGGAUGCAUUAGAGGUGGCUGCUGAGAGUCUGCUGGCCCACUGCCCCGCAUGCAGCGAUGGGAGUGGGGUCUGGGUGAGCUGGGCUGAUGCUCCGCGUGAGAUGUGCUCUCCUUCCCGGCCUGGGAUUUGCAUGUCAGAAUCAGCACCAGAAGGGCUCAAGGAGCCCUGGAUGACGAUCAUUCAGCACCGUGGGCCCGCGCUUGGCAGCUCUUUCAGGGGCUUAGUCCUAACAGCCCUGCCUCCUGCAGCGAGAGCUUAAGCAGGGCAGGACCAUGAUCCAUGUGUGCGGUUCAUCCCAUCCCACUUGAUUGAAGGCAAGUCCCUGUGGCAGAGGGGUAGCCAGCAGGGUGUGAAGAGCUGACCCCCUGGAGUGGCCGAUGGAGGGCUCUGUGAGGGGGCCAGAGAGGGCUCACAGUGCCCUCCGUAUGUAGGGACAGACCCAUUUGCCAGCUGGUGCAGAAUUGCACCCUUCUGUCCCUCUGUAAGGGUGGACCCAUUCACCAGCUUGUGCAGAACCAUGCCCCUCAGUCCCACUGUGAUGAUGCACCCAUUUGCCAGCUGGUACAGAACCAUGCCCCCCUCCCACUGUAAGGACGGACCCAUUCGCCAGCUGAUAGAACUGCCCCCUCUCUGUCCCACUGUGAGGACAGACCCAUUCACCAGCUUGUGCAGAACUGCACCCCUCUGUCUUGCUGUAAGGACAGACCCAUUCACCAGCUGGUGGGCAUUUGGGUGACUUCAUUUUGACCACGAUGAAUAAAGCUGCGGUGAAUGUUUGCGGUAGGUGUUUAUGUGGGUGUAGAUUUUCACCUGUCUUGGAUAUAUCCCCAGGAUGGGACUUGCUGGGUUAUACCAUGGCUCUUUGUCUAACCCUUUGAGGAACUGCCAGAUUUUCCAAAGUGGCUGCCCCAUUUUACACCCCCGCCAGCAGUGUUGGAGGGUUCCUGUCUCCCCACCUCACUGCCAGCACUUGUUGUUAGAUGUCUUUUGGAUGUGGCUAUCCUAGUGGGUGCGAAGUGGGGUCUUGUGGUGAUCUCAUUUGCAUUUUCCUGGUAAUUGAAGGCUUCAAGCAUCUUUUCAUCUGCUUGUUGGCCAUUUGUAUAUCUUCUUGGAAGGAAUGUCUAUUCAGAUCCUUUGCCCAUGUCCUGAUCGGGUAUUUUUCUUUUUACUAUUGAGUUUAUUCCUUCUAGAAGUUUUCUCCCGCUGUGCAGCCCAUGCUUCCCAGGGCCUUCGCUGGUGCUGGUUCCUCAUCCGUCUCAUGCUCUCUGGUGCCCUGGCCUUUGCUGGUGCUGGUUCCUCAUCCGUCUCAUGCUCUCUGGGGCCCCCCCCUUCACUGGUUUUGGUUCCUCAUCCGUCUCAUGCUCUCUGGGGCCCCCCCCUUCACUGGUGCUGGUUCCUCAUCCAUCUCAUGCUCUCUGGGGCCCUUCCCUUCACUGGUGCUGGUUCCUCAUCCAUCUCAUGCUCUCUGGGGCCCUUCCCUUCACUGGUGCUGGUUCCUCAUCCAUCUCAUGCUCUCUGGGGCCCUCCCCUUUGCUGGUGCUGGUUCCUCAUCCGUCUCAUGCUCUCUGGGGCCCUCCCCUUUGCUGGUGCUGGUUCCUCAUCCGUCUCAUGCUCUCUGGGGCCCCCCCCUUCACUGGUGCUGGUUCCUCAUCCGUCUCAUGCUCUCUGGGGCCCUCCCCUUCACUGGUGCUGGUUCCUCAUCCAUCUCAUGCUCUCUGGGGCCCUCCCCUUUGCUGGUGCUGGUUCCCCAUCUGUCUCAUGCUCUCAGGUGCCCUGGCCUUUGCUGGUGCUGGUUCCUCAUCCGUCUCAUGCUCUCUGGGGACCUCCCCUUUGCUGGUGCUGGUUCCUCAUCCAUCUCAUGCUCUCCGGGGCCCUCCCCUUUGCUGUUGCUGGUUCCUCAUCCAUCUCAUGCUCUCCGGUGCCCUCCCCUUCGUUGGUGCUGGUUCCUCAUCCAUCUGCUCCAGCUUCUUUUCCUCUCUGACCUCCUCCCCUCUCUUGGUGGUACUGCAUAUCCCACAGCUCAGAAUUCCUCCUCAGUGGGGCCUCAGAACCGCAGGUGUCCCUCCAGCCCUGCCACCUUCUCGCCUGCUAACUUAGGUUCCUUCUGGACUGACCUGGGGUCUCCCUGUCAGUCCCAGGCCAAGGAAGGGACCCCCAGGACCCCACCCCACCCCUGCCCUCACUGGUCACGGGCUGGCCUGUCCACUCCUCUUACGCUGCCCCCUGUCCCCGCACUUCUCUCGCUCCUCUCCACCUCCUGGUCCAGGCCCGGCCUUGGCCCGGGGCUCCUGCACUGUCUCCUCUUGGCCUCCCCUCCCCAGUCUUGCCCCCGACAGUGGUUUCUCUAUGCAGAGCUCAAAGUGAUCUUUAAAAAUGUGGAUCUGAUCACACUGGUUCCUGCUCAGGAUGCUCCAGUGGCCUCCCUCCCAGUAAAGUAAAACCCAAAGUCUGGGCUGUGGCCUUUCAGGUCCGCCCAGCAUGACCCUCACGACUGUAGACCUGUCUCAUGGCCACACCACGUCCUCCAGCCCCACAGCCUCAGGCUUCUGCCUGCGCUGCCCUCUGCUGGCCUCACUUCCAGGCCCUCUCACUCCAGGCCUUGCCGGUCCACUCGCCCUGGCCACCUCCUCCACUGUGGGUGGUCCCUGGGUCUGUGCGCCAACACCACUGCGUUGUGUUGACUUGGGCGUCAACCGCUCAUGAAGCUGAUCCGUGGUCUACAUGGAGUCACUCCUGGGGCAUUGCCAGGUCUAGGACAGGCAACUGGGAAGGGGCAGGAACCAGGAAAUCAAAGCAGCCCAGCCACAGGCUCUUCCCACAGCCCCCUCAGCCAAGGGACUGGCAGGGGUGCCGCAUUCUCCAGGAACACGGGCAGAGGGGCGGGAGCGCCGAUUAACCACUUGAGUCUGGAGCGGGCAGCAGGGUGUCUUCCAGGGCGAGUGUGUCACCUGGGAGCUGGCAUGGAGGCUGGGAGAGCUCAGGGCCCGGUGCCAGGGAGCCUGGGCUGGUCCUGACCCUACCUCUGCCCACUCCGGCUCACUAGCUCCGGCCUGCAGGUGCUUUUGUGACUCAGGGCCUUGUGUCUUCGUCUGUAAAACACAGGUGGUCAUGGGAGUAAAUGAGCAGGUAUGAGAUAUGCAGGACAUGAGGUGCUUCUGAACGACAUCUGAAAUAAUGACAAGCAAAUGAGAGAGCCUCCGUACUCAGGUCGGUUCCGGCCCCGGCAGACUAGGGCAGGGCGCUAGGGCAAAUGGGCCUUAGGUGACACACCCCACAGGCAGGCCUCACGGACUCCUCAGUCACCUGAGGGCUGGUAGCAAUGGCACCACCUGGCUGGUGGUGCAGGAGCCACCGAGCCGGCAGCUGUGCAGGCCUCGCACAGGAGUGCUGGGAGAGGGAUGCUCGGGUUGGGUUUCCUGGACCCUGUAGCUGCCUGGCUGGCCUUUCACCAAAACCGUGCAGAGCUGGCUUUGUGGGGAUACGUAGGUUUUGUAAAGCGGUCGUGGGGCUUCAGGUGCAGUUUGAUGAAGCCUCCAGUUCACUUGGUUUCUUUUGGCUCUGCUGAUGCAUCAGAUUCAAUCUCAGGCCAGCUUCUCUUGAGGCAACAAAUGGGUGUUACGGUUCUAUGCAUUGCAUCUGUAACGCACAUUGGAUGUGGAGAGAUGGGCCCGCUCUCUCAAUGUACAGCUAGCGUUUCCAGCUUUCUCUGCCUCACUUGGCUCCUGGCUGAAGCAGUCCAGGGCAGGUGAGGGUCACAGGUUCACUGACAUGGGCUUUGCUGUGGUGUUGGGGUCAUAAGACAGGUGCAGUCUCAUCCGUCUCCCUGCACUCGAUCCACUGCUGUUCCCCAAGCCAUGCAUGCUACGGUGACGGAGUGGGACCCCCUCCCUCGGUGGCCGUGAGGAUGGAUGGGUAAGUGAGACACAAGCGGGAGGGGCGCUCUAAUUGCUGUUGUGGCAACUGCCUCGUGAUGGCGAGUGGGAAUGCUGACAUCAUCAGUCCAUUCUCUAGUGAGGAUGGCGACUCCCUGGCUCUGACAGUGUGAGCUCCCGUGUCUUUGGGCCAAGUGCCCUGCUGGUCCUGGGUUGCUCUGUUGCCCUUGCUGAGGCACCUCGGCCUUUGGAGCAGUGUCCAGCCUCAGAUUGGAGUCGCCAUUUCCCGGAAUAGCCCCUUCCAGUGGGACCCACACUCAGCCUUGCUGCCCCAUUGCCCCCCCGAGGCCUCCCCAUGCCAGCAGGAGUCUGCCUGAAAGUGCGUCUUUAGGAUGUCUCUCAUACUUUGGUGAGAGGCAGAAGUUCCAGAGACUCCCCAAUGGCUCACCGUCCACUCUGGAGACCCAGGAGGUGGCCAUGAGCUGUCCCUCGCCUCGCCCGCCCCAUGCCACGGUGUUCAGCCCACCACGCUGGUGCUGCCUCCCGUGCUGCCCAAACGCGUCUCCUCCUCUCAUGCCCCUUUGUAAGUCAGUAUACAUUUUAGAAUCAGCUUGUCAAUUACUAUUUCUUUAAAAAAAAAAGCUUUCUAUAAUUUUUUGGGAUUACCUUGAAUCUGUGGAUAAAUUAAAGAACUGGCAUCAUAACAAUAUCGUCAUCCAGCCCACAGACACGGCCAGGCAGGCCUUUCGUAACAGUUAUUGUUGUCCAGCCCAUGGACACGGUAAGGCCAGCCUUUCAUAACAAUAUAAUCCAGCCCAUGGACAUGGCCAGGCCGGCCUUUCAUAACAAUAUAAUCCAGCCCAUGGACACGGCCAGGCCGGCCUUUCAUAACAAUAUAAUCCAGCCCAUGGACACGGCCAGGCCGGCCUUUCAUAACAACAUCGUCGCCCAACCCACAGGCAUGGCCAAGCUGGACUUCCAUAACAGUGUCAUCGUCCAGCCCACGGACACAGCCAGGCUGGCCUUUCUCUUAUUUGUGUUCCUCUCCUCUUGCUGGCUGCAACUCCAUAGAAAUAUAAGUGACUUCCGUGUACUUCCGUGUAUCUUGUGACCUGCAUAGAUUCACUCGCUGAUUAGUUCCUGGAGCUUCUUUGUGGAUUCCUUGGGAUUUUCUAUCUAGAUGUACACGUCUGUAUGACCGAAGACAGUUUUACUCUUCAUUUUCAAUCUUUAUGCUUCUUAGUUCUUUCCUCCUUAUUCAUGGGUAAACUUAUAGUAUGAGGAGUAAAAGUAGUGAAAGCACGCAUACCUGCCUUGUUCCCCAUCUUACAGGGAAGCAUUCCGUCUUUUGCUGUAAGUAUCCUAGAUGUUUGUUUUGUUUUUUAUUUAACAGGCUCUCUGUAUCAGGUUGAGGGAGUCCCCUUCUUUUUUCUAGUUAAGGAAACUAGGAACUAAACUAAAGGAAGUUUUAGUCUAAAAUGAGUGUUGAAUUUUGUCACAUGCUUUUUCUGCAUAAUUUAUUAAGAUGUUUUUCUCCUUGUUAAAUUUGCUCUGUUGAUAUGAGAAAUACACUCACGGCUGUUUUGAGUGUUGAACCAACCUUGUAUCCUUUGGGUAAAUGCCUCUCGGUCAUGGUGUACUAUCUCUUUCAUAUAUUGUUGAAUUUGUUUUUCUAAAAUUGUAUUGAAGGUUUUUGCUGCUGGGUUUGUGAGUGAUAUAUGGGUUUUUUUCCUUUAGAUUCUCUGUUUGGGUUCUGUUAUCAGGGUAGUGUGAGCCUCAUACGAUGUGUGUCUCCUCUCUGUUUUCUAGGGGAUUGUGUGAUACUGAUAUUGAAGCCUGUCAUGCCUGUGUAUUUGCAGCAAUGUUUUUAAGCACAAGUUUACUUAUUGCCAUACAUAUAGAGCUAUUUAGGUUUUCUAUUUCUUUUUGAGUCAGUUUUGAUAUAAUUCAUGUCUUUUAAGGAAUUUUUCUGUUUCAUCUUAGUUGUUGAAUUUAUGGGCCUGAUAUGAUUUGUAUUUCCUUAAUGUUCUUUUAAUGUUGGAUCUGUUGUCAGGUUCACUCUUUCAUUCUUGAUCUUGGUAAUUUGCAAGUGUGGUUUUUUCCUCUUGACCUGCCUAGGCAGAGUUGUGUAAUGUUUUGAAUGCUUUUUUAUUUUAUUGUUUCUAUUAUUGGUCUGUUUGCUAUUUUAUUAAUUAUUGAACUUACCUUUAUUAUCUCUCUUCUACUUCCUUUGUGUUUAAUUUGCUGGUUUCUUUAGGUGGACUUUCUGGACAUUGAUUUUAUUCUUUUCUCUUUUCUAAUAUAAGACUUUAAAGCAGUAAUUUCCUUGUAAGUACUGUUUUAGCUGCAUCCCUUAGCUUUGUGUGUGUGUGUGUUUAAAAUGUGUUUUCUGCUUGUUUGAGGUAGGAGGUACUGCCUGGUACCAUGGCUGUAAGUGGAGGUCUCCUCUGGGCCUUUUAUUGGGACGAGCAUCAUGGAAGGUGGCCCCUCUGCAGUGCCCUUCCGCCUGGCUGCCCUUCCUUGACUGGCGGCUCUCAUUCCCCACUCCCUUCAUCAUGUCUUGGGUUUUCUGGUUGGCAACCUCCUGUUCCCACGAUGGACUUGGCAGGGUGAUCUGAUGCCUGGGGUGUUGCCAGGUUGGGUAAGGAGGCCUUGUUCACUUUGAUCCUGCAUGGUGCUAACAGCCUGUGAGGGAGGCACAAAUGAGACGAGAUCCUGCCUGGAAAGAGAAAAGCCUGACCCACCGCAUACAGGAAACGGGCUGCCUUCGUUCCAGCACUGAUGGCUGCACGAGGGUGUUUCAGUGGGGCAUGAGUGAGAGCCCCUGCCACAUGGGAGUCUAGAGGAGUGGAGAGGUCAGCGCAGGGCAGAGAAGAGUGUGAGCCGUGACCUGCCUGGCCCUCCCAGGGGAGUUAUCUGGGCAGGUGUUGGUGCUGGGGGCGUUGCCCACGGUGGCAGCGUGACCACAGACAGCUGCUCCUGGAUCAGCAGCUAGGGCUUGGUUGUCUGCAUCUGGCCUAGGAAAGUGUUAAGGCAGGGAUUUGUCCGGCUCAUUCAGGAGCAGCAGAGACCCGUGGGCCAGGAGUGAACUGAACUCAGGGGCGGUGUGGGGAGGUGAAGUCGGAGGUGCAGGAGGGCGGUGUGGGGAGGUGAAGUCGGAGGUGCAGGAGGGCAGUAUGGGGAGGUGAAGUCGGAGGUGCAGGAGGGCGGUGUGGGGAGGUGAAGUUGCAGGUGCAGGAGGCCGCCCGCGUGGGCCUAGUGCAGCGCUAGAGGGACUUUGGCUUUGACCGGAAUAAGAUGUGGAGCUGUUGGUGAGCUGAGGUUUGGUCUGGCAAGAUCUGAACUGUCUUUAGCAGAAUUGCCCAGGCCUGCUGUGCACAAAAUGUGAGGGGAUGCAGUGGUGAGUGGGCCAGGGACGGGAGGCCGAGUGGCAGCCCAGGGAGAGGGACAGGAGGCUGCGUGGCAGCGCAGGGUGAGGAGGGGACUGGUGGGAGCGGGGGUGAGGGGCACUC